GCGCGUACCGUACGGUAGGAGGAGCUGGCGGGACGAUCGCAGAGGUGCAGAGAAUAUUGCUCUUUGUUUUGGGAUUUUCCAAGCGGUUGCGCCUGAGGUGAACCUGUUAGAUUUUGCAGUCACGUUAGCUGAUCGAGCUGUAGUAGAUUUCAAGGGAAGAUAAUUCGUUGUCAAUCUAAUUUUUCCGCCCGGCUGUGUGAGCGUUUCAAGUCCGCAAGUGAUAUAUACCUGCAAAGAAGGCGUUGAAUUUCGCGAUAAUGGAGAAUGGUACUAAGGAAAAAGAGGAGCUCGGGGCUGCUUAUCUUCAAGAAAAUUUUGAUGUUGGUGGCACUGCUGAUGAGUAUGGGAAGGCAGAUGACGACAAAGCUGUAACCACACCUUUGGUGAAACAUGCUCCUGAAAAAGAAAAGAAGGGCAAGAAGGACAAGGACAAGGACAAGCUUGAAGAUCUCAAACAAGAACUGGAAAUGGGUCUCACGCAAGAGAAGGCUAAUGAAAUCUUCGAGCGGGAUGGACCUAAUGCUCUGACUCCACCACCAACGACUCCUGAAUGGGUGAAAUUCUGCAAACAGCUGUUCAGUGGCUUUGCCAUGCUCUUAUGGAUUGGUGCCUUUCUUUGUUUCAUUACUUUCGCCAUCAAAGCAUCCACAAUGGAAGAACCAGAUAAAGAUGAUCUUUACCUUGGAAUAGUUCUUGCCACAGUGGUUAUCAUAACUGGAUGUUUCUCCUACUACCAGGAAGCUACUGUCCUCAGAGAUGGGGAGAAACAUAACAUAACCGCAGAAAAGCUUGUUGUGGGGGAUGUUAUAUUUGUGAAGUUUGGAGACAGGGUACCAGCAGAUAUCCGUGUGACUGAAGCACGAGGUUUUAAGGUUGACAACUCAUCUCUCACUGGUGAAUCAGAGCCCCAAGCGCGCACCCCAGAAUUCACCCAUGACAAUCCCUUGGAGACAAAGAACUUGGCAUUUUUCUCGACAAAUGCUGUUGAAGGAACCUGUACUGGUAUUGUUGUUCAAACAGGCGACAACACUGUCAUGGGACGCAUCGCUAACUUAGCCAGUGGAUUAGGGUCAGGGAAAACACCCAUUGCUGUGGAGAUUGAACAUUUCAUUCACAUUAUCACAGGAGUUGCUGUAACCCUUGGAGUGACGUUCUUUAUUCUUUCACUGAUCCUUGGAUACCACUGGCUCACUGCCUGCAUCUUUUUAAUUGGUAUCAUCGUUGCCAACGUGCCUGAAGGUCUACUUGCAACUGUAACAGUUUGUCUGACUCUCACUGCUAAACGAAUGGCAGCCAAAAACUGCUUGGUGAAGAACUUAGAGUCAGUUGAGACUUUGGGAAGUACAUCCACCAUUUGCUCAGACAAGACAGGAACUUUGACUCAGAACAGAAUGACUGUGGCUCACAUGUGGUUUGACGACAAAAUCUUUGAAGCUGAUACAACAGAAGAUCAGUCGGGAACUCCAAUGGAAAAGACAGAAACCUGGACUGCACUCGCUAGAGUGGCGGGUUUAUGUAAUCGUGCAGAGUUUAAGACAGGACAAGACGGUGUACCCGUACUCAAAAGAGAGACCAAUGGAGAUGCCUCAGAAUCUGCUCUACUAAAAUGCAUCGAACUACAAGUAGGAAAUGUGGCUAAAAUGCGCGAGAAUAACAAAAAGAUGGCAGAAAUUCCCUUUAACUCCACCAACAAAUACCAGGUGUCUAUUCACGAACAGGAAGGUGAUGAAGAUCCUCGUUACCUUCUGGUCAUGAAGGGUGCACCAGAGAGAAUUUUAGAUCGCUGCUCCACAAUUCUCAUCAACGGCAAAGAAGAGCCCCUUGAUGAAGCGAAGAAAGAAGCCUUUGAGAAGGCGUACUUGGAAUUGGGUGGAAUGGGAGAGCGUGUGUUGGGCUUUUGCCAUUUUUACCUGGAUGCUGAAAAAUUUCCACCCGGAUUUGAGUUUGUAGCUGAUGAGGUGAGUUCAGGUUACAAUAGGACUAUCUUUUUUAUACCUUUUUUUUUUCUUUUUCACCAGAACGCCAUUUUACCUUAAUGGGAAAACGGAACCAAAUGCCGCAGUGCAGGAAUCAAAGUCAUCAUGGUAACAGGUGAUCACCCAAUCACAGCCAAGGCCAUCGCAAGAGGCGUAGGAAUCAUAUCUGAAGAAACUGAAACUGUGGAGGACAUCGCCGAGAGGCUGGGUGUCCCUGUGGCUGAUGUUAAUCCGCGAGAUGCCAAAGCCAUCGUAGUUCACGGAGGACAGCUCAAGGAUGUCUCAAGUGAACAGCUAGAUGAUAUCUUGAAGUACCACACUGAAAUUGUAUUCGCCAGGACUUCCCCGCAGCAGAAACUGAUCAUCGUAGAAGGCUGCCAGCGACAGGGGGCCAUUGUUGCUGUGACAGGAGAUGGUGUUAAUGAUUCUCCAGCUUUGAAGAAAGCUGACAUAGGUGUUGCUAUGGGUAUCGCAGGCUCAGAUGUGUCCAAACAGGCGGCUGAUAUGAUUCUGUUGGAUGACAAUUUUGCCUCCAUUGUUACUGGGGUUGAAGAAGGUCGUUUGAUCUUUGACAACUUGAAGAAGUCCAUCGCCUACACUCUGACCAGUAACAUUCCUGAGAUCACUCCAUUCUUGAUGUUCAUCAUAAUCGGCAUUCCACAACCUCUGGGCAUUAUUACAAUUCUUUGUAUUGACUUGGGUACUGAUAUGGUUCCUGCCAUUUCUUUGGCGUAUGAGAAAGCGGAGAGCGAUAUCAUGAAGAGGAAGCCUCGUGAUCCCUUACAUGACAAACUUGUUAAUGAAAGGCUAAUUGCCAUGACUUAUGGACAAAUUGGUUUCAUUCAGGCUUUGGGAGGCUUCUUCACGUAUUUCGUCAUUAUGACUGAAAAUGGUUUCUUUCCAACUCGCCUGUUUGGUAUUCGAUCGGAAUGGGAAGACAGAGAUAAUCACAGCGUACCUGACAGCUAUGGACAGGAAUGGACGUACAGCCAGAGGAAGAUUUUGGAGUACACAUGUCACACAGCUUUCUUUGUCAGCAUUGUAGUGGUACAGUGGGCUGAUCUGAUCAUCUGUAAAACUCGAAAGAAUUCCAUUAUUAAGCAGAAGAUGACUAACAAAGCCCUGAACUUUGGCCUGGUCUUUGAAACUGCCCUCGCUGUACUGCUGUGCUACACUCCUGGUCUGUCUACUGGUCUGCGGAUGUACCCAUUACUGGCUCAAUGGUGGUUCCCGGCCAUUCCUUUCAGCCUUUUGAUCUUUGUGUACGAUGAAUGUCGUAGAUAUAUCAUCAGAAGACAUCCGGGAUGUUGGCUGGAACAAGAAACUUACUAUUGAUGAAAACCUAAGCGAGUGUGAUGCUGUAAGUUGCGUGCAGAUGAAUUGAGAUCGAAUUGAAUCACGUUGAAAGCGAAUUGGAUCACGAAAGACUGUUAGCUAAAUGCCUCUUGCGCUUAUGAAUAAUGUUUCAGAGUGAAUUUAUCUGCCUUGAAUAUUACAAAGGCAUGUUGCAAUGAUUAUAGUACUAUCCAAAUGCUUGUAGCCGUUUUUAAUUUGCCAAAACGAGUUUUGAAAAUUCAAGGAUUUUUCGUACUUUCCUCCCUCGUGACUGAAUGAAAUUGGAAAUAUUGCUGAGUUGAACAAUUCUUUGAAAUCGAAAGGAGGUUGUGCUUUUCGAAGGGAGAAGAUAUUUUUGACAAUCCACAUUGGUAAUUAUUUACUCCGUCCAUACAAAAUUAGUCAUUACAUACAUAAGCAAUAAAAUGAGCAUUUUUUAAUGUU